CAUGCACGACCCCAAGCAAACAACUUCUCCUCGACCCUCAAAAGUGAACGCAGAGACUCGACAAGUAGAAAAGGAGAUGGAAGAGAGGGAAGAACGGCAGCGCGAGCAAGCAUCGGCCGGAGAAAGUGCGAGACCAAGUAAUUGGCCGAGUGCUCCCGCGACGUGGUUGGAAUUACCUGAACUCACAUCCCGCACUUGCAGCUUGCCAUCGACCACGGGCCAGUCAAGUACCCGGGUAUCCUGUUCGAGGGAGGCAG